GUUGUGGUAGCAAAGCUUCAGCAUAAUAAUCUUGUUAAGCUUUUAGGUUUUUGCAUGGAAGGAGAAGAAAAGAUACUAGUCUAUGAGUUCUUGUCCAACAAAAGUCUCGAUAUGUUCCUCUUUGGUUUGUUAACAUUCCAAGUUCCCAGCUUGCAGUCUGAUGAAUCCAUAUCCCGUUCUUGACUAAUUAGCUAAUAUAUCCAUGCACAGACACAAUGAAUCAACCGCAACUUGACUGGAUAAAACGCUACAAUAUCAUCGAAGGAAUUGCUCGAGGGAUUCUAUAUCUUCAUCGAGAUUCACGGCCCAAAGUCAUACACCGUGACCUCAAAGCAAGCAACAUUCUUCUAGAUGCUGGUAUGAACCCCAAAAUCGCCGACUUUGGCCUUGCAAAGAUUUUUGCAGUAGAGCAAACUCGAGACGAGACUAGCAGGAUAGCUGGAACCUACGGCUACAUGGCUCCUGAGUAUAUGAAUCUUGGUCAGUUCUCCAUGGAGUCUGAUGUUUAUAGCUUUGGAGUCUUGGUUCUUGAGAUAAUUAGCGGCUAUACCAGUAGUAGAUUCUACCGGAUUGAUGAUACUGAUUGCAAUCUGGUCACAUAUGCUUGGAAGAUCUGGAGCAAAGGUAUCUUUGCGGCAGAAGAAUUUGUUGACCCGACUUUCGGGGAUAAUUAUCAAAUUGAACAAGUGACUCGAUGCAUACAUAUAGCACUUUUAUGUGUUCAAGCUGAUCGUGCAGAUCGACCAAAAAUCUGUAAAAUCAACUCGAUGCUCACUUCUAGCAAAAUUAGUCUUCCAGCACCACAUGAACCAGGAUUUUUGGUACCUAGUCGAAGGGCUUGA